CCACUUCGAGCACCGUUUCAGACGUUGAAGAACCCAAAUUCCGAUGUGCGCAUGCGUUGAACAGUAACCGUAACAGCCAAGGCGUUGAGUCUACGUUUCCAUAGCAACAAUUUAGUAAACGGAAGCUCUCGACAAUAAUAUACUGUAUGACAUGUAGUUAACAAGUAAAUCGCACUUAUCUAUGUUUUUUUUUUCUGAAGUCAUUUGUUUAAUGUUUAAAAAUGUCAAGGAGGCGAUGUAUUAUUGUCCGCGUUCAAGGAAGUUUUCGUAGUUCAUGGACACGCGGGUAAAAUGACAGAAAUCAGUCAAACAUCAAACGAAGCGUAUAAGGAAAAAGAAUUAGAGCUCAGUAACUACGUGGAUAGCUAAAUAAACGGAGGUCGAAAAGCAGUUCUUUAAGACUGUGAAUCCUAACUUUAUAGUAGCCAUGAAGACAGUCAUAUCCGAGCAACAGGGCCAUCAAGGUCAUAAGUCAAACGUGAAAUUCAGCAUGCUUAGAGACGCUAGACACGCUACUCAAAUGGAUGAAGCGCCAUCUUUACCGAUGCUGUGGGACUCGCUUGAAUCAGACACUGAGAGUUUGGUGCAAGAAAAGACGUACCAACGAGAGCUUCAGAUGCGUAUUGCGCAAGACGGUGACUUGCCGUCCGCUGAGAAAUCCAAACAGGGGUCUGACCGAGGGGGAUCACAGUACAGGGAUGGUCUUCACGAUGAGCCACUGAGGCAAACAGACCCUGAAGAUGAAUAUGCCGACCUGCGCUACGAUCCGAACUGGAGACAGAAUUUGGAAAGUGCUGAGUUUCUUAACCAACUAAAAGAGAGGCUUUCUCUUGACUCCUUUGAGGAGUCUGAAGAUAGUCUUGAACCUUUGGAAGAUGUUGCAGGAGGUCGAAGGCAAGAAUAUACUGUUGUCAGUAAUCAACUCGCAUCGGAGACGGAUGCUGCCCUGUUUCCGCAACCUUUGUCUCCUUUCCACCUACACCCACAAAAGGAAACAUCUGGUCAGGUAGAUUCUCUUAACCUCUCUGUCUCCAAACGUCCUCGCAUGAACUCAGACCGCACACCGCAGGGUGACAGGGAACACCUGAAACAAAGAUCUGUCACUUCCCAGAAGAGAAGCUAUCAAGAUCCUUUAGCUGUGAAUCCGGUCAAUGCAAGGGAAGAUAUUGUGGAGCGUAACAAGACUACACUUGGUAUCAACACACAUAAGCAAGGGUCCUACCUACGAGCUCAUCGGCAAAGAGAUCAAAAUGAUGAAAUAAAGCAGCCCAGGCGAACCUCCUGUGGGACUAUCAGCACCUGCAGCCCAGAGAGUCAAGACAAUGCCCGGGAUCCCGAGCUGAUGUGGCUCCAGAAGGCACAAAAACUGAAGCUUAGUCAUAAAGAAAGGAAAGAUCCAAAGAAGAGAGAGAGAACCAACAACCAUUCAGAUCAUCUCAAACCUCAAGUUCCUGAAGCCAAGUCCAGACCUAGUGUGCACCUUAAACCACUUGCUGAGAGAACCAUCAGUGCUGAUCAUCUACCGCAAGCCGACUCUGAGGAUCAUGUCUUUCUUGAUCCUCCAGUGGCCUUUAGCUACUCCCAUGACCUUGCAUCUCAUUCCAAUGCUGCCCCCACUGUCAACCUCAACAUAAACCUCCACUCACCUGCCAAUCCCUCACAGCCACUGAAUCUUACUCAGCAAAAGACCAUUUUUACCCUUGUUUCCCAAGCGCUUCAAUGGGAAAGGCCUGAUCUUUUCAACCAAACCGUUGUGCAACCGGUUUAUCCAUUUCACCCCUCUGUGCCACUGAAUGCAAUAGGGCAGAUGGGUUUGGCCCCACAAUCAUCUAUAUCAUCUCCCGUCUCCCACACUGGAGUGGUACACAGGAAAUAUGCUAUAGACCGAGAUGCUACUCAGGGCAUAGAGAAGAGGCAUGCUGGUAAACCUUUACUCAAUGCAUUUGAGAAUGCAUCGUUCAAGAAUCACAACACAAUGAGGAUACCAGUACUAAGACUGCCCACACCCUCCGAAGCAGAGACCAGCCACUAUCCACCUGAGCUUAUGCCCACUGAUGAGGGACCCUUUGUGCCCCAUUCACAGAUCUCUGGUGCUUACACAGUGCUUCCCCCUAUAGGCAGAUCUAACGCCCGUGACACGGAGCUCUGUUCUGAUAGAUCUGAGCAACAGCUGAAUCCAAUCCACAGAAGCAGCUCAGAAGGUUACCUCUCACAAAUGGAAAGACACAGACAGCUGAAGGCGAAAACAAAUUAUAAGCCUUACACAAUGAAGGACUUUACAAACCUGAGACAGGAGUUGAAACUUGGAGGCCUUGGACCAACAAACACAAUACCAGAAGCUGUGGCAGAGAAAAUUAGACGACAGAAGCUGUAUUCAAAUGUGAUCCGCGAACAGAACAAGAAGAUAAGUAGGAUUCCCUCUCUGUCGGCCAAGGACCCAGUGGGCAGUGACAACAAGGACACAAUUCCCAGGAGAAAGGCAUUAGAAUAUGCCAAAACUAUUGCGAAGCCCAAAGCCCCUCCAAAGACAAACGACCGACCCAGAGAGAAGUACCUGAGCAUGCAGGCUCCAUAUCUUCAGGAAAUGGACCCAAUGCAACUGGCCACCAUUGAGAUGCUGAGACGACACGAGGAAGAGAAGCGGGCUGUGGCUCGCUUUAAAACCAUUCAAGCCAUCUAGAUUCGCUUCACAUUAUAACUGUAUCACACAUGUCUCUGUGCACGAGAGCGCCGAUCUCUUCAAGCACACCUGGAUGCACCGUUAACCCAGCGUAACGUGCCUCUUUCCGUCAGUUCCCGGCUAUUAGUCUGAUUAUAUCCACUUUCGCCUGCCCUUUUCUUUCACGGAGAGAAAAAAUAGGUCAAAUAAGGAUGACACUUUGAAGGCUCCCUUAUUAGGGCCCGCAAACUUUUUUCUGUAUUUUAAAGUGAUAAUUUUCCCCCUAAAACAAGCUCAAGCACCUAUUUCUUUAAUGGAAGCUUUAGAUCGUUAUCAAAGAGCUAUUUACUCCUAUGUAAUAUUUUAAUUAGAUUAUAGCCUCUAUUUAACCCAUCAUGUCUGCUUUGAUACUCGCUGUUUUCAACGUUACGCCUCAGAGGCGAGGCUAAUAAAUGCUGGACCUUUUGAAUUAAUGAGAAA